UAUAAAGGUUUUGUAAUUUAUUAAUUUUUUUCCUCAAAUCAUGAAUCGUACAACGGUGCAACAGCAACAACAACAAUCAACGAAUAGCAUUCAAUCAUUCUUAUUUUUAUUUUUCGAUUAUAAUGUCAUCACCAUCGACGCAUCAUUAUUACCAUCAACAUCAUCAUCAUUAUCAUACUCAUCUAAAACAUUGGCCACAGGAUUUAAAUUAUCAUCCAUUAUCAAUAUGGUCUACGGCUAAUAAUUUAUUUAUUAAACUUCAUAAUGAUCAUUUGAAUAUUGAUCAAAAACAACCACAAUCAUUGUCGAUGGCAAUACCAACGCCAACAACGGCAACAAUAAUGCCAAUUUUUUAUGAAGAUGAUUAUUACAAUCAUUCUUCAUCAACUGCAACAAGAACAGAAUCUUUGGCAACAACAGAAUCAUCAUCAUCACUAUCAUCGUCAUCAUUAUCGUUGGUAGCCAUAUUAACAUUGGAUACAAUACUAACAUUAAUAUUACCAUAUUCAAUCAUAUUUAUAUUGUCUAUUGUUGGCAAUUUACUUGUGAUAAUCACACUUACAUUGGAUCGUUCAAUGCGUUCAGUUACAAAUAUAUUUUUACUCAAUUUGGCCAUUUCUGAUCUACUAUUGGGUGUUUUCUGUAUGCCAUUCACAUUGGUCGGUGUUCUAUUACGUCGAUUCAUAUUUGGAGCUUUUGUGUGCCAUAUGAUUUCAUAUUUUCAAGCUGUUUCUGUAGCCGUAUCUGUAUGGACAUUGGUAUCUAUGUCGAUUGAACGUUAUUAUGCCAUUUGUCAUCCAUUUCGAUCAAGAGAAUCAAGACAAACAAAAAAACAUGCUUAUCGUAUAUUGGCAAUGGUAUGGACAUUGGCAUUCAUAACAAUGUCACCAACGGCCAUUGUAAGCAAACUACAACAAACUAAUCAAACAGGACAUUAUAAAUGUCGUGAAGCAUGGCCAUCAUUUUUGCAUAAACAAGUGUUCACAUUAUUCUUGGAUUUUAUUCUAUUGAUCAUUCCAUUAAUUAUAAUGAUAAUGACUUAUAGUUCAAUCGCAUUGACAUUACGAAAUAGUGUUUCAGUUAAAAAACAACAACAGACCCAGACCAAUGGAGAUAAUCAUAAUCAUCAACAACAAAAACAAUUAGGCCAAACCAAACAUUUACAAAUGUCGAUUGCAAUGACUACAAUGAAGAAUAAAAGCUCAAGCUAUAGCUACAAGACCACUUCAAUUCAUCAACAACAAGAUAAUUGUAGCCUAACUGAUUUGAUUGAUGCUGAUAAUACUAGUAACAAUAUUCGAUGCCAAAAGUUUCAAUCUAAUCAGAAUGGCAAUCACAUGUCUGACAAUAACCAUUCAUACGACAAACGACAAUCUAAUCGAUUUGAAAUUGACCAAAAUAUAGCUGAAACAGUUAUAUCGCCAACAACAGCCGCAUUAUUGUUGAAUCGAUCAUCGAGUAAUCAUCGUGUUCAAUCACCAAUCAUCAAUAAUGGUCUAUCAUCAUCUUUGGAACAUUGUGGAUCCGGUAGCAGUGUACAAUUUGCCAAUAAUCGAGCCAUAUUACUUGUGGCCAAUACCAGCUCUCAUUCAUACCAUGGCACAUCAAGACAACGGCGGAUUAUAAUCAUGUUAUUUGUUGUUGUCAUUGAAUUUUUCAUUUGCUGGUCACCAAUAUUUCUAUUGGAUACUAUGGCCUUAUAUCGGCCAGAAUUAGUAUAUGGUACAAGUCAAAAAGUUUCACGUUGGAUUGGUAUCGAUAUCAUUUCUGUUUGUCAUUUAUUAUGUUUUUGUUCCACCUGUAAUAAUCCAAUCACAUACUGUUUUAUGAACAAACGUUUUCGUGAUCAUUUUUUUUCGUUAUUUCGUUGUCGCGCAGCAAUGCCAGUUAACAUAAAUAAUCCAAGUUCCAUACAGCAGCCAAAUGAAAUCAAAGCCUAAUAUACACUACUACUCAUUACGUAUGGAGUCAUUUAUGUAUGAUUAUGAUUGAAACACAAGCACAUCUUUUUCUAAAUAAAAAUUCAAUUUAAUGAUUGGAA